UCCUACUGUAGUAUUGAUUAUAUUAUAUUUCGGUGUGUAUGACACAUUACAGCUAGCACUAUCAGGUCAAACGAACGAUUACAAUGAACGAGUUACUCAGAAAAUUGAAUCACGAAUCUCGAGUCAGUAAAAAGAACGAAUCGGUCGCUAACAGCAUGUCAAUAGUGCGCAGCCUGACAAAAUCGCUAAUGUAGAAUACCAUAUGUCCUUCCUCGGACACCGUAACUGCAGUGUGUGUUAUUAUUUCUUGACACGUGUUGUAAGCGAUUAAUCAGCGACAGUUAAUAUUUAUUUUCAGAAACCAGCAACACACCACGCAAAGUUUGUGUUACGUGUAGGUGGUUGUCAUCUUCCAGCAAGUUUGAAGCCAUGAGUGACAGCGACGACGAUAUCCCUCAGCUGUCCGCGGCCACCCUUGCUGCCCUGCAGGAGUUUUACAGAGAGGAGAGAGACGGGCUUGUGCAGAGCACAGCGCCGGUGGACAAGUACUCGGUGGGGGCGGUGGAAGAGGACUGGCGUAUGAGCCAAUUCUGGUACAGCGAUGAGACAGCAACACGGCUAGUUGAAGAGGUUAUUCAGGAAGCUGGGAAAGGUGGCAGGAUAGCCUGUCUGAGCGCACCCAGUGUGUACCAGAAGCUGAAGCAGGGGGUGGUGGAGGGCUCUGACGGUGUGUCGGCUGUGGUUCUAGAGUAUGACCGCCGUUUCGCCACCUACGGCCAAGAGUUCAUUUUCUAUGACUACAACGAGCCUCUUGCUCUCCCAGAGGAUGUGGCCCCACAGAGUUUCGACGUUGUCCUAGCUGACCCCCCCUACCUGUCUGAGGAGUGCCUCAAUAAGGUUGCCCAGACUGUGAAGUACCUGGCCAAGGGCAAGGUGCUGCUCUGCACAGGAGCCAUCAUGGAGGAGCAUGCAGAGAAGUUGAUGGGUCUGAAGAUAUGCAGCUUCCUGCCCAAACACAACAAAAACCUGGCCAACGAGUUCCGCUGUUUCACUAACUACCCCUCAAACCUCAUGUCCUGAGGCAAUCCAACCCUUCAUGUAUGGCUUUAUUGACUUUUGAUCUCCGACGUCCAUCAAUGCCUCAGUUCUGACUUGACCGAUGUCUGUGAUAGUCGCAAGGAAGGCUCAUCUUGUUGGGCAAUUUCCAUUGCCUGUCCUUUUAGACAAGGUAUCAUUUUGGGGACUAAUGGUAUCAGACUCUGGAGAUUGUUUUUAAAAUGAUUUCUUAUCCCAUAACAUAAUUAUGAAGUGAAUAAUGGUAUUCAUAUGACUUCAGUGUAAAUAAUAUUUCAUAUACACAGCAAAUAAAUAUGUCUAUACUGUUGUAAAAAUC